AUGCCGCUUGAAACCACCACCAUCGCGUCCGAUGAUUCGACGCUGUCGUCCGGGUGUGCAUCGCGGCGAACGCAUCAAGGACAACCAAAUUCCAAAGUAGCAUUCGUUGGAAUGGGAGACCUGCAAUAUCUGCAGGUCCAGCGAGCGGCGGUCGCCGAUCCAGCCACACUUGCCGCGUGGGCUCAGAAAAAGCUGUGCUGGGUUCCUGAUCAGAAUGAGGGUUUUCUAUUGGGAUCGAUCAGAAGGGAAACUAAUGACGAAGUCGUUGUGGAAUUGUGCGAUUCUGGAAAGCAAGUCACAAUAAGUAAAGACGAUGUCCAGAAGGCAAAUCCCCCGAAAUUCGAUAAAGUGGAGGACAUGUCCGAACUAACAUAUCUCAAUGAAGCUUCAGUUUUGCACAAUCUCAAAGAGAGAUACUAUAGCAGUUUGAUUUAUACAUAUUCCGGUCUUUUCUGCGUUGUCAUCAAUCCAUACAAAAAGUUGCCAAUUUAUUCCGAGAGCCUUAUCGAAGAAUUCAAAGGGAAGAAACGGCAUGAGAUGCCACCGCACAUUUUCGCCAUCGCUGAUACCGCCUACAGGUCAAUGCUUCAAGAUGAAUACUUGCUCGAAUCCGUCGACAACUAUCGAUUCCUCGUCAAUCAUGGUAUUACUCUUCCGAACGUAGAUGAUGUUCAAGAGUUCCAUAGCACCAUUAAGUCCAUGAAAAUUAUGGGUUUCUCGGACGAAGAAAUUUCAUCGAUUUUGCGAGUUGUCUCAGCAGUAUUACUUCUCGGAAAUCUUGAAUUCUUCCAAGAGAAGAAGAGCGAUCAAGCAAUUCUCCCAGAUGAUCGAGUUAUUCAAAAAGUGUGCCAUCUUCUUGGGUUACCCGUAAUUGAAGCCACCGACAAGACUUUUGUUGAGAAGCUUCAAAAGACCCAUGCCAAACAUCCAAAGUUCAUUGUUCCUGACAUGAGAUCCAAGGGUCAUUUUGCAGUAGUCCACUACGCCGGACGUGUCGAUUAUUCUGCUGACCAAUGGCUAAUGAAGAACAUGGACCCGUUGAACGAAAAUGUUGUAAGCCUGAUGCAAAACUCUACUGAUCCAUUCGUUUCUGGAAUCUGGAAGGAUGCUGAGUUUGCUAGCAUCUGCGCGGCUGAAAUGAACGAAACUGCUUUUGGAAUGAGAUCUCGGAAGGGAAUGUUCCGCACUGUUUCGCAACAUCACAUUGGUUGCAGAGAUUUGAAGCUGACGGCGUUGAUAAUGAACUUCCAAGCGCAAUGCCGUGGAUUCCUUUCGAGGCGUUUGUACAUGCGUAGGAUGCAGCAAUCAAGUGCGAUUCGAGUCAUUCAGAGAAAUGGGUUGGCAUAUUUGAAGUUGAGGAAUUGGCAAUGGUGGAGAUUGUUCACCAAAGUCAAACCACUUCUUCAAGUUACUCGUACUGAUGAUGAGAUUCGCGCAAAAGACGACGAACUUCGCGCAACCAAAGAGCAUCUCCAUAAGAUGGAAAUCGAAUACAAAGAAAACCAGAAGAAGCUUGACCAGGUGCUCGUCGAGCGCACUGUCAUGCAAGAGCAGUUGCAACAAGAAGCCGAAAAUAGUGCGGAAUUGGAGGAAAUUCGAAACCGUCUGCAAGCGAAGAAGGAUGAGCUUGAAUACAUUGUAAACGAAAUGAGAGAUAGAUUAGCCGAGGAAGAACAAAGAAAUGAGAAGAUCAACGAAGAGCGUAGAAAGCAACAGGAAACUGUUAGAGAUCUUGAGGAGCAGCUUGAACAGGAAGAAGCGGCACGCCAGAAGUUGCUUCUUGAUAAGACGAACGUCGAUCAGAAGCUUAGAAAUCUUGAAGAACGACUUGUUGAACUUCAAGAUGCUUAUGACAAAUUGCUUAAAGAAAAGAAGAUUCUUGAAGAGAAGGUUGAAACUCUCACAUCGCAGCUCUUGGAACACGAGGAACGAGCGAAGCAUGGAAUCAAGGCUAAAGGACGACUUGAGAAUCAGCUUCACGAACUUGAGCAAGACCUUCAACGUGAGCGCCAAUUGCGCGCAGAGCUUGACCAACAGAAGAGGAAGCUUCUCGCCGAGCUCGAAGAUAACAGAGAUCAUCUUGAAGAGAAGAUGGCAAAGGUCGAAGAGUUGAACAUGCACUUGAUGAAGAGAGACGAAGAACUCCAACAUCAGCUCACAAAGUACGACGAGGAAUCGGCGAACGUGGCUCUCAUGCAAAAGCAAAUGCGUGAUAUGCAAUCGACGAUUGAUGAGCUUCGAGAGGAUAUCGAAACCGAGCGAAGUGCCAGAAAUAAAGCCGAGAUGACCAGAAGAGAGGUUGUUGCUCAACUCGAAAAAGUGAAAGGAGAUGUUCUCGACAAAGUUGACGAGGCCACUAUGCUUCAAGAUCUAAUGUCGAGGAAAGAUGAAGAAGUCAAUAAUACAAAGAGAGCUCUUGAGCAAGUUCAAAUCUCGUUGGAGGCAAAAAUGGAAGAGCAAAAAGCCAAAUUCAAUCGUCUCAUUGAAGAUCUUCAUGAGCAGAUUGAACAGCAUAAGAAGCAGAGGUCGCAAUUGGAGAAGAAUCAGCUUCAAGCUGAGCAAGAUCGCGCUGAUAUGAUGCAAGAGAUUGCUCUUCUUCAAGCUAGCAAGGCCGAAAUUGACAAAAAGAGAAAAUUCAAUGAGAGUCAUCUGAUGGAAUUGCAAGGAAAUUUCGCGGAAAGCGAGGACCACAGAAGACAGCUGAUAGAACAAUUAGAUAGAGCUCGUGAGGAGUUGGAGCAUUUGUCUCGAGUCCGUGAAGAAGAAGAACAUCACUUUGGAAACAUGCAGAGAAAACUUGCGGCAGCUGAAGCGCAGAUUCAAGAGCUCAAUGAGCAAAUCCAAGAGGAAACUCGUGCCAAAAUUGCCCAAAUUAAUCGAGUCCGCCAACUCGAAGAAGAAAAGAACGCAUUGCUUGAGGAGAAGGAUGAAUCUGAUGGAUUCAAAGCUCAUCUUGAGAAGGAAAUCGCUCUUGCUCGCCAACAAGUUGUUGAAGCUCGCCGAAAAGCUGAGGAGGCGAUGAACGUGCAGAUUGAGGAGAUAAAGAAGAAACAUCUUCGCGAUAUCGAAAACUUGCAACAACAACUUGAAGAAAGUGAACUUGCAAAAGAACGCAUUCUGCAAAGCAAGAAGAAGGUUCAACAAGAGUUUGAGGAUAUUGCAAUGGAGCUUGAAAACGUCCGCAGCUCACACAGAGAUGCUGAAAAGAGACAGAAAAAGUUUGAAUCUCAAAUGGCUGAAGAGCGAGCUACAGUGCAAAAAGCUCUUCUCGAUCGUGAUGCAUUUGCUCAAGAAUCCAGAGAUAGAGAAACCCGCAUUUUGUCUCUCUUGAACGAGCUUGAUGUGAUGAAGGAGCAACUUGAGGAAUCUGAGCGGCAGCGACGCGUUCUUCAACAAGAAUUGCAAGACUCGAUUUCCAACAAAGACGAUGUUGGAAAGAAUGCUCACGAGUUGGAGAAGUCUAAGAGAAUUCUUGAGGCUGAACUCGCCGAUCUUCGCGCUCAAAUGGAGGAGCUUGAAGACAGCUUGCAAAUCUCUGAGGAUGCUCGACUUCGACUCGAAGUCACUAACCAAGCUUUACGCACUGAGAGCGAACGCGCUUUGAAUAACAAGGACGUCGAAGCCGAAGAGAAGCGUAGAAGUCUCGUAAAGCAGAUUCGCGAUCUUGAGAACGAGUUGGAGAAUGAGAGACGCGGACGUACGGGCGCUGUUAGUCACAGAAAGAAAAUGGAAAGCCAAGUCGGCGAGCUCGAGCAACAACUUGAAGUUGCCAACCGACUCAAAGAGGAGUACAACAAACAGCUCAAGAAGAAUCAGCAAAUCAUCAAGGAGUACCAGAUUGAGUGCGAAGAGGUUAGACAAGCUAAAGAGGAAAUUGCGGCUCAGUUGAGAGACGUUGAACGAAGAUUGCGUGCGGUUGAAACAGAAAGAGAGCAGUUGAGAGAAUCUAAUGAAGGACUGUUGAUGAUCCGCAAACAGCUGGAGCUUGAAAAUGAAGAGUUGGAAGAGCUGAGAACACGAGGUGGUGGAAUCAGUACUGAAGAAAAGAGACGCUUGGAAGCAAAGAUUGCGCAACUUGAAGAAGAACUUGAGGAAGAGCAGAGUAACUGCGAGAUUGCCAUUGAUAAGCAGCGCAAGGCUCAACUUCAAUUGGAGCAAGUCACUACCGAAUUGUCAAUGGAGCGAUCACAAUUGCAAAAGACUGACGCUGAGAAGCAGAGUUUGGAGAGAAUCUGUCGUGAAUACAAGGCCAAAAUAACCGAGCUCGAGUCAGGAGCACAAUCUCGUUCUCGAGCUCAAAUGGCAGCUCUAGAAGCUAAGAUUCAAUACUUGGAGGAUCAGUUGAACACUGAAAAUCAAGAUAGAACCGCGGCGAACCGAGCAGCCAGACGGCUUGAAAAACGGCUCAACGAUAUCACUCAACAGUUGGAAGAUGAAAAGCGCGCAAAUGAGCAAAGCAAGGAAUUGCUUGAAAAGUCAAACUUGAAACAAAGAAAUCUGCGCCGUCAGAUGGACGAGAUUGAAGAGGAGCUGUCACGUGAACGAACUAAGGUUCGAAACCUACAACGCGAAGCUGAUGAUCUUCAAGACGCAAAUGAUCAACUCAGUCGAGAGAUUUCAAACCUCAGAGGAAACGCGAAUCGCCGACGUGCCGAGAAUCUCCGACUUCGCAGAGCGUUUGAAAUUCCAGGAUCGAGUGAUAACCUCGCACGUGGAGAAGAGGAAAUCGAAUCCAAUGUUUCUGGAUCAGAACAUGCCGAUCGAAUGUCCAUCAAUUAA